AGAAGGUGGACAUCUUGGCACAUUAAUCUUACAGUCGUCGCACUGGAAAGGAAUGACCAGUUCCACAACCUAGCUUGUCACAGACAAUCAAAACAUGGACGAAUUACAGUCCCAGUCGGAAAGGGAGGCGCGCAUCCUCGCCCGUCGGAAGCGCAUACAGGAGCGCUUGGCAGCACUUCGGGAGGGAGAUCAUGGAGGCGGCAAGGAGGGCGAGAAGAAGGAGGAGAUCGGAAAGGGCAAGCAGCAGAUCAUCGAGAGCAAGCGCCGGUUAAUGCGCGUCAAGUACCGCACGGACCAAGAUGUCACGUCGGUCCGGGUGGCUGGCGACGACCGCGAGAACCAGCACCGCAUCCAGGAGGAGCAGACUCGCCAGGAGCUUCGCGCCAAGCUGCUCGCUGAGGCGGAGAUGAGCGCCCGGCAGAAUGCGGCGGUGGCCAUGCGCUGGGCGGACCUGUUCUCCAUUGAGGUGCCGCAGGACUUGUAUGGGGAAAUUGAGGCGCAGCGGCAGGCAUGUGAGCGCAUCAUCGCAUCCAAGGACACGCUUAUCGGGGAGGUGCGGACAGAGCUGAAGAAGAAGGAUGACGAGUUCGUGAAGACGCUCAAGCGCCAGGCGGAAGACAUCGACACGUUGCUGCAGUACAUGAGUCGCCAGUUUGUGGAGAUGCAGAACGCAUUCAAGGAGGAGCUGGACGAAAUCGAAAACGCCUUUCUGCAGGAGCGCUCCGACUUGUUGGAGUCCAACCGUCGUGAGAUGCAGGAGCUGUUUGACCGCCGCUCCCGCCUGGAGCAGGACUUCAUGGACCGCUACCUGGCCGCUGUGGAGAACUACCAGCAGCAGCUGGAGGGCCACCGGCAGAUGGACGCGGAGGAGUACCACAUACUCAAAAUAAAGUUGGAGACGGACAUCCAGAACCUUGAGCAGCACCUGGAGGCCAUGAGAGCUACCUACCAACUGAACACUGAGAAGCUAGAAUACAACUACAGAGUGCUCAAGGAGCGCGAGAAGGAGAACAGCACCACCAUUGAGAGCCAGAAGAAGAAGCUCUCCAGGCAGCGGGACAUCCUGUCCUCCCUCAAGCAGCGUUACGCGGAGACGGACCGGCGGUACCGCGACGAGAACAUGCGGCUGACGGACGAAUACAAGCGCAUCACGGAGCAGUUCAAGGACCUGCAGAGCAAGUUCAGGCACUUUGAGCUGGUGGACACUAAGAAGUACAAGGAGGUCUGGGGCAUGAAAGAGAGCGAGGUGGCGGCGUUGGUACGGCAGCUGCUGCAGGCGGACAAGGUCCUUCACGAGCAGCAGCUGGGCUGGGAGUGGCGGCCCCCGGAUGACGAGGUGUUCACGCCGGUGCACUCCUCCGGACCGGGGGGAGGCACGGGAAGCGGGGGAGCGGGAGGGGACGGCGGUGAAGAGGAGCAGGACGAGGACGCGGCGGCAAGGGCACGGGAGCAGGAAGUGGCUGAGCGGCUGCGUGAACCACGCAACUGGGGUGCUCUAGGUCUGCUGUGUGACGAGGCGGGCUUCCUGCUGGACGCCAAGGCGCGACACAUGAUUGAGCGGCUGCCAAAGGACGAGCAGGGUCUUGUGAAGGCGGAGGCUAUCCUUCGCGCGCUGGGCAUCGCAGACGGCUCUUCCUUUGAUCAGCUCAUGGACGCCCUGUCUGCGGACUCCACAGUGGAGAUGAGGGCCAAGGGGAUGGGCGGUGAGCGCGGACCUGCUGUCCUUGUCCAUCCCGAUGACGCCGUACGGCGGCUCAAGGCCUUUGUGGAGGUGUACGGCACAGGGCCCAGCCGCGCCGGCGGCGGCGCCAUCAGCGGCCCGCUGCGCGUGCAGGGCCUGCUGCGUCGCGCCGCGGAACGCGAGCAGGAGUUUUGGGCGCGCAUGACGCACGUCAUCAGCGACAAGGGCGUGCGUGUGUGGCGUGCGUUGGAGAAGCAGCUGGAAAAGUACUUGGCGCUGCUGCAGGAGCGGUCCGCCAGCCUGCGCGAGGUUGAGAGCCUGCAGCACCAGAACAACGAGCUACGGGCGCUGCUGAACCAGUACUUGUCCUCGCGUAUCAAUGAGGAGCUGCAGAUUCCACCUACCCAGGUCAUCUAAGAGGAAGAGGGGAAGAGGAUUGCGCAAAAGGCUGCGGAGGAUGGGACUGGGCGCAGUGAUAGGCAGCGGCAGGUGUUAGGCUGGCUGGCGUGGAGAGGGGAUGAGGGAGAAAGAUCGAGCGGACGAUGGCACCGAAGAAGCCGAGCUCGUGGGUGCCGAUCCUGGUUUCCCGCUCUGCCUCAAGGGACUCAUUGGGCGGUUGGUGGGGACUAGCGGCUAAGUGGUUGCGGCGAUUUGGGCGAGGGAAAGGAGGAAGGGGACGUGCGUAAAGGAGUGGGGUGAAGUCCGAGUAAGGGGCCAGGAGUGCAAGGGUGUGAAAAAGGAGGUGUGAUCCGGACGCUGCGUAUGUAUUUGAGGGGAGGCGAGCGGGCACACGUCCCCGUUCGGUUGUGCGCUGUAUGGCUGCAUGUGGGCCAACCCAUCCUCCCCUUUCCUUCCGAAACGUCAACGGAACUUU